AUGAAUUGCUUGAGAACUAUUGCUCUUUCACUCUCUCUGUUUCUUGUGGGAUUGGUCGGACCAGUCCAAGCUCAAUUGCAAAUGAACUUCUAUGCCAAUACUUGUCCCAACGCCGAAAAGAUUGUUCAAGAUUUUGUUUCGAACCAUAUUUCUAGUGCUCCUUCUCUUGCGGCUGCCCUCUUGAGAAUGCAUUUCCACGACUGUUUUGUCAGGGGUUGUGAUGGAUCAGUGCUUAUUAACUCGACGUCAGGAAAUGCAGAGAGGGACUCAACUCCUAACUUAACGGUUAGAGGGUUUGGCUUCAUCGACGCAAUCAAAGCUGUGCUUGAAGCUCAAUGUCCUGGGAUAGUCUCUUGCGCUGAUAUCAUCGCUCUUGCAUCUCGAGACGCCGUCGUUUUCACCGGAGGACCAAACUGGAGUGUCCCGACCGGAAGAAGAGACGGGAGGAUAUCGAACGCAUCAGAGGCAUUAGCCAACAUUCCUCCUCCGACCAGUAACUUCACCAAUCUUCAGACACUCUUUGCAAACCAAGGGCUUGAUCUUAAGGACCUUGUCUUACUCUCCGGGGCUCACACGAUUGGUGUAUCUCACUGCUCGUCUUUCACAACCCGUCUCUACAAUUUCACGGGUCGUGGAGACCAAGAUCCGGCCUUGGACAGCGAAUACGCAGCCAAUCUCAAGUCAAGAAAAUGUCCUAGCCUCAACGACAACACGACCAUCGUGGAGAUGGAUCCAGGGAGCCGUAAAACGUUUGAUCUUAGUUAUUACCAGCUCCUUGUCAAGCGUAGAGGUCUGUUUCAAUCAGACUCUGCUCUAACCACUAACCCCACAACGCUCUCAAACAUAAACCAGAUCUUGAAGGGUUCCGUGGAAAAUUUCUUCUCUGAGUUUGCCAAGUCGAUGGAGAAAAUGGGUCGGAUCAAUGUGAAGACUGGGUCAGCAGGAGUGGUUAGAAGGCAAUGCUCCGUUGCAAAUAGUUAA